AUGUCGUACGACGACGUAGAGAUCGAAGACAUGGAGUGGAACGAGGAGCUCCAAGCCUAUACAUAUCCAUGCCCCUGUGGCGACCUAUUUCAGAUUACCAAGGAAGACCUUCGUCUCGGCGAAGAGAUCGCUCGGUGCCCUAGCUGCUCUCUUUACAUCACCGUCAUCUACAAUAUGGAGGAUUUUUCCGAUUCCGGUCGAAAGAACACUACUAUCGAACCUUCGAAGCAACAGCCCGUAGCUGUGGCUUGA